AUGGGUCCCAGACUAACCGCUACGUCCUUCAUCCUCAUGAUUUACACGGCAACGUCAUUGCCACGAACGUACGCAUGCGCCACCUGCUCCCCGCCUUAUUCCGGCUCGUACCCGCCAAAAACCACCCAUCCUCCUUACUUCAAAAGACCACCCAGAUCAUCCCCACCGUCCAUGAACCCACCCGUGAUCAUCCCACCGAUCAUCAUCACACCCCCAGUGAUAACACCUCCGGUUGUGAAUCCCCCGCCCGUCUAUCAAAAACCACCUUCGGGAGAUCUAACGCCGCCUUCAAGUGGUAUUCCCAUCACCAACCCUCCAUCAUCAUCCUCAGCAACGUGCUCGAUCGACCACCUGAAAUUAGGGUUGUGCGUCGACGUUCUUGGAGGGCUGAUCCAUACUGGGCUGGGAGACCCAGUAGUCAAUACUUGCUGCCCUGUGCUUAAAGGGUUGCUAGAGAUCGAAGCUGCAGUCUGCCUCUGCACCACUAUAAGACUCAAGCUUCUCAACCUCAACAUCAUCAUCCCACUCACUCUUACAGCUUUGGUCACAUGUGGGAAGACCAUCCCACCGGGUUUCGUUUGCCCACCUCUUCACUAA